CCUUGCGCCUCGCGAGCCAUGGAAGCCGUGUGGCCUCGACCCAGAGCCAUGCGUUGCCAAGUUCCAGGCCUUGGCUCGAGGAGCCAAAGGCGGAAGCUCGUCCCGCUUGCGCUAGCGCUGUUCUGCCUCAGAUGCACGGCCCAGUUUUGGGCCUUCCUGCCGGCCACCCUGAGACUCAACGUCACUGCGCGUCCAGAGUACGCCUUGCGGCCAAAAGUCGCCACCGGCUCAACACCCCAGAGCCAGGAGGCGCAGGCGCCUGCACAGGUGAAAGAGGUGGACGCGGAGCCUUUGACGCCCGAGGAGGAGCGCCAGCGCUUGUCAGCUGAACGUAUCGCGACUCUGAAGGCGGCUGCCAGUGAGGGCGAUCUUCAGAAGAUCAUCGAGGCCCUUGGCUUGCCACUCUGGCUCUUCCCGGUGCUGGAGGUCUUUAUCGCCAUCGGGGAGUUAGGCAUCAUCUACUUCUGGGUGAAGCUUCUGCCUCCGGAGAUGUUCGGCUGGCUGCCACCGGAAGCGAGGUCCUUCCUUCAGCUUGGAGUGACGGAAGUUCCGUGAGGGCAGAGGAGGGCAGAGGAGGAAAAA